GAGCGACAGGGAGCGGAGCGCGCUCGGCUGCGUCCAGAGCCCGCUGCCAGACGGAAGAGCGAGCGGGGACGCCGACCUGGGCUGGCCCGGCCCGUGCUCUCGGCCUCGUCCUCGACCAGGCGAAAGCGUUGACUUCUGUAUCUGAGAUGGACAUGAUAUAACCUACAGUGACGAGAGCAUGGCAUCGGGUCCUGUGAUUCCUGCUGAAGACAGACAGGUUUCCUUGGGCAUCGACGAUCUCCAUAUCUCACUGCAAGCCGAACAGGAAGACACUCAGAAGAAAACCUUCACCUGCUGGAUAAAUUCACAGUUGGCAAAGCAUACCCCUCCCUCGGUCAUAUCAGACUUAUUCACAGACAUCAGAAAGGGGCACAUCCUCCUAGACCUGUUAGAAGUCCUCUCCGGACAGCAGUUGCCUCGAGAUAAAGGAUCUAAUACAUUCCAGUGUAGAAUCAAUAUAGAACAUGCCCUGACAUUCCUAGAAAAUCGAUCAAUCAAGCUAAUAAAUAUUCAUGUUGCUGAUAUUAUAGAAGGAAACCGAUCCAUUAUUCUUGGCCUAAUUUGGACCAUUAUACAGCACUUUCAUAUUGAGGAGCUCACCCAGGCUCUUUCUGGCAAUUACAAUCAACCUGUGGAAGAUGAAAGUGUGGCGGAUUCGUCUCCUACCUCAAGUCCUCCAGCUAAGAAAUGCUCCACAGUCCGAGCACGGUGGCAGCUGUCUGCAAAGAAAGCCCUUCUCCUGUGGGCUCAGGAGUGCUGUGCCAAGCAUGAGUCCAUCAGUGUGACAGAUUUUAAGUCCAGCUGGAGAAAUGGGCUGGCCUUUUUGGCUGUCAUUCAUGCCUUGCGACCAGACCUAGUUGACAUGAAGAGUGUGAAGCAUAGAUCCAACAGGGACAAUCUGAAAGAGGCCUUUGGAAUUGCAGAACGAGAAUUGAAAAUCCCCAGACUGCUGGAGCCAGAAGAUGUAGACAUUGUUAAUCCUGAUGAAAAGUCAAUCAUGACAUAUGUGGCACAGUUUCUGCAGUAUUCCAAGAAUGUGCCUCAGUUUGGAGAUAAAGCUCAGAUUAAUGCACAGAAGACAAAGCUAGAUGAUGCCUUGCCCCUGCCCCUCCAUGAAAUCGAGGACUGUCUUCGGGAGGUAGAGGAGCUGGUGGAGAAAGAAUUGCAGGCCUCCCAGGAUUCCUCUGAACCCGUGACUCUGACCCAGGAGAAAAUGACUUCAUUUAAGAAUCUGAAGGAUAGAUUUGAGUAUCAUUCGAAUAUUCUCCUGGCCUUUGAAAAUAAAGAUGAGGAACAUUUGCCAUUGGUACCACCUAACAAAUUGGAGGAAAUGAAAAGUCGACUCAACAACAUUUUGGAGAAAAAAUUCAUUCCACUUCUCGAAUUUCAUUACCAUAAGUGCUCAAUUCUUGGUUUGCUGGAUGAAGUGAAGUCAAAAUUGGAUGUUUGGAACAUCAAAUAUGGGAACAAAGAAUCCGUGGAAUUAUUGCUGGAAGACUGGCAUAAAUUUAUUGAAGAAAAAGAGUUCCUAACUCAACUUGACAUUUCUUUUCAAAGAUGUGAAGAAAUGUAUAAGAAUUUGGCUGGCAAAUGUGAAACUAUUAAUGAGCAAUACAUGAUCAUGGAACAGAAUAUUUGCGUAUGCAGAAAAAAUACAGAGAAUGUGAAAUCAACUCUGCAAAAGGUCCUGGCAUGUUGGACUACUUACUUGGCAAACCUUCGCUCACUAAAGGCUUGUUUUGAGGACACAAAGAAGGGAGAAGCUACAGAGGUUUCCUUUGAGACACUAUCCCAAUGGAACGCUGACCAUGCUACUUUAAAUGAAGUGGGACAUUUCUUAAUUGGAGUCAGCAAUGAUGAAGUGAGAUCAUCUAUUUCUAAAGAAUUGCGAAGACUGAAUAAAAGAUGGAGAAAGUUUAUUACUAAAACUCCACUUGAAAUGAAACUACCACUUACAAAAAAACAGGAUCAGCCCAUUCCUGAAGAUUCUGGAAAUACUCUACUAUCUAAAGAAGAAAAACCAACUGUUGAUUUUUCAAUGGAUUCGUCAGUAGAAUUUCCUGAAAAUCACAAUCAAAAUUUAAAGGCCAUGGAAGAACAUGAAAGAGACAAUAAAGAAUCCCAAGGACGACUGAAAGUGGCUGAAGAGGUCAAAAAACUUGCUGGACAAGUGGAAAUCUGGGAGGCAGAAACCAAAUCUGCCUUGGAUCUCCUGAGACAUGGAGAUGCUGUGGAUAGCUCCUUGGAAGAAUCUUUGCAGCAUCUCAUUGCUAAAGGCUCUAUGUAUGAAGAUCUUCUGGCCAGAACUGAAGAUGCUUUACAAAUGGAUGUUCAGAAUAUUUUAGGCUCAGAGUCCCUCCAACGCAUCCUUACGGCUGGCCUUCAAGCAAAGACUCAAGAAGCUAAUGAGAAAAUCCAGAUCACCAUGGUAAAACUCACUGCAGCGUUGAAGUCAGUUGUCUUGUCACCAGAGUCAGACGUCAGGCAGAAGGUGGAAGAGUCCCAGGAGGAACUUGAGUUGUGCAUGAGGACAGCUGAACAGUUACUUGCACAAAGAGAGAGCCCCAGUGGACUCAUCUCAAAAUACAAGGAAGCACUAAAAAUUUCUAAUGCCAACAGUCUGGCCAAGUAUUUGAAAGCUGUUGAAGAACUGAAGCCUGAUGUCUCUGAGGAUGCACAGCUGUCUCUGGAAGAGAAGAGUAGAGAGGCCUGUGUCAAAUGGGAGUCUCUUCAUCAUGAAAUUUCUUUGUAUAUUCAACAAUUAAAAAUAGACAUUGAAAAAGGAAAGCUUAAUGAUAUUAUUUCAAAACUUGAAAAGCAAAUAAAUAAAGAAAAGAAACUUAUUCGUAGAGGAAAAACCAAGGGCCUCAUCAAGGAGCAUGAGGCUUGCUUUGCUAAGGAUGGCAUUAUGCACCAGCUUGAUCACCACAUCGGUAUCCUGAGGGUGCUGUGUAAAGAGCUGGCUUUGCAGGAGAGGCAACAGGAAGUGAAGAGAGCGCUUAGAGAUUAUGAGCAAAAGAUCGAAAGACUUCUGAAGAGUGCUUCUGAGAUUCUCAUGACGCUGCAGGCCCCUGCGGGAGGUUCAUCAGAAGUCCAGGGGACCAUGACCACAACCGAGAGUGGCGGAAAGGAUUCCCGCAGUGAAGUGCCAUUUGCAAAAUCAGAUAAUCAGCCACCAGCUGAAGAGGCAAUGGCACCCAGUAAGGAUUUGAGCCUGGCUUCGGAGUUAAAGCCCCAGCAAGAAGAAAGCAUUAUGAGAAAGGAUGAAAAGGAGGACAGUGCAUCUAUAAAUAAGUUGCAAGAGAGAUAUGAUGCACACAAAGAGAUUCUUGAACUAAACCUGCAAAACAAAAAAUUCAGGAUUACUUCUGAUUUCCCUAAUGAAGAGGAAGGAAGUAGUGCUUGUCUGCAGGAUGAACUGAAAGACCUGCAGCUUCUGAAAAAUGAAACUGAUGCUUGCUGGAAAGAGUUUGAAAUCACCUCAUUGAAGUUAGAGAGUCUUGUGAGUGACCUGGAGAAGCCUGCCAUAGUCAAGGCAAGAGAUACAUUAAAGGCAAAAGAGAGUGACUUUCACAUGCUACUGAAGGCCAGAAUGGAGUCCCUAGAGCUGGCCCUGCAGGUUGUGUUGCCAGUGGAGAAGGAGUCACUGCUCCUGUGUGGCUCGGACCUGGCCCUCAGGGAGGUGGCUGUCCAGGAAUUUCAUCUCGUGGACUCCGAUGGUGUUCACCAAAACCUGAGGAAUAUCCAGGAUUCCAUUGCAAAACAGAUCGCAGUAUGUAUUGAUUUAGAAGAGCCGGGCAGCUUUGUAUUGAAGGGAUUACACCCUGUUGACAUGUGUGCCACACAGAGAAUUCUACAGAAGUGCAGAACUCAACUUGAGCAAGUGAGCCAUAGGGCGAAGAUGAGUAAAGAUGCCCUGGCUGCUCUAGAGGAGUUUCUGUCUUCUCUAGGAGCACUGAAACCUUCCGAGGAGCUUCUCAUGGACCAGUCAGUCUCAGAUGCACAGGGGGCACCAGGAAAUACUUUAACAGAAAGAGAUACAGAGGGAGAAAUGUGGCUGAUGAAGGACAGGGCUGGACAGCUGGAUGAGCGUUUGAAGAUGCUUGGUGUAACCUUUAAAGAUGCCGGCCAAGGCGAAGACACCACUUGUGAAAAACUUGUGGAUGCUGUGUCCACAAAGUUACUAGACACACGGGGCCCUGGCACACAUCAGGGACUUGCUGAAGAGAACAGACUAUUAGAGGCAUGUAGCUCCAAAAAUAAUGAGCUCUUUAAAACUAUUCAAGAUGUGCAGAAGCAGAUCAGUCAAAUUGGUCUUAAGGAUCCCACCAUUCCAGCUGUAAAACAUCGGAAAAAAUCCUUAAUCAGACUGGAGAAGGAUCUAGAUGGAUAUGAAGAAGAGAAAAAACACUUACAAGAAAUGGCGAAUUCUCUUCCUCGGUUCAAAGAUGGCAGAGAAAAAACUCUGAAUGAACAGUGCCAAAAUACUGUGCUCUUGUGGGAGAGCACAAAGACUGCUGUCACCGAGUGUCUUGAACAGUGUGGAAGAGUUCUGGAACUCUUGAAGCAGUAUCAGAAUUUUAAAAAUGUCUUGACAAAUUUGAUUCAAAAAGAAGAGAAUGUCAUGUCUCAGCAGGCUUCAUACAUGGGCAAGGAGAACCUGAGGAAGAGGAUGGCGGAGAUUGAAAUUGUCAAAGAAGAAUUCAAUGAACACUUAGAAGUAGUAGACAAGAUAAACCUGAUCUGUAAAAAUCUACAAUUUCAUCUAAAUAAAAUGAAAACUUUUGAAGAGCCCCCUUUUGAAAAAGAGGCUAAUGUUAUUGUGGAUAGAUGGCUUGAUAUAAAUGAAAAGACAGAAGAAUACUAUGAAAACCUUGGUCGAGCUCUGGCUUUGUGGGACAAACUUUUUAAUUUAAAAACUUUCAUUGAUGAAUGGACUGAAAAAGCCCUUCAAAAAAUGGGCUCACACCCACUGACGGAGGAAGACAGAGAGAGACUGAGGGAAGAGUUACAAAUGCAUGAACAACAAACAUUAGAAUUUUCUAGAAGAGUAGCCGAAAUACAGUUUCUGCUACAAAGUAGUGAAAAGCCACUUGAACUACAGGUCAUGGAGUCGUCUGUUUUGAAUAAGAUGGAACAUGUGAAAAAGUGUGUAACUGGGGAAGCCAACUGCUGCGCACUCAGUGAGAGCCCAGCUGAGCUGAGGGAGGAUCUGGACCAAGCCAAGACUCAGAUCGGGAUGACUGAAUCUCUCUUGAAAGCCCUGUCUCCUUCAGACAGCUUGGAGAUCUUCACCAAACUCGAGGAGAUACAACAGCAAAUUCUACAGCAGAAGCACAGCAUGAUAAUACUUGAAAAUCAAAUAGGUUGUCUCACUCCUGAACUCUCUGAAUUGAAAAAGCAAUAUGAAAGUGUUAGUGAUUUAUUUAAUACCAAAAAGAGUGUUUUGCAAGAUCACUUUUCUACAUUAUUGAAUGAUCAAUGCAAGAACUUUAAUGACUGGUUCAGCAACGUUAAAAUGAACCUUAAGGAGUGUUUUGAAUCAUCAGAAACAAAAGGGAGUGUGCAACAAAAGCUGCAAAAACUUUCUGAAUUCUUGACUCUUGAAGGAAGAAGCAGUAAAAUAAAACAGGUAGAAACGAUGCUGCAGCACGUGAAGAAGCACCUGCCCAAAGCUCAUGUUAAGGAACUUAACAGCUGGCUUGUGAGUCAGGAGUUUGAAUUAGAAAAAAUGGAGUCCAUAUGCCAGGCCCGAGCACAGGAACUUGAAAACGACCUGCAGCAGCUGCUGAGAUUGCAGGAAGACUGUAGAAAUCUGAGCAAGUGGUUGGUUAAUCAAGAAGAGAAAUGGAAAGAAAUGGAAGAAUCAGGAGAGAGAGCUGAGCUAUUUUGCCAAGCUCUAGCGAGAAAGAGGGAACAGUUUGAAUCCGUGGCCCAGUUGAGCAACUUUUUGAAGGAACAUGGACUUACCGAGGAAGAAGAAAUAAUGAUGGAAUCAACACAUUUGAUUGAUAGAUAUCAGACAUUAUUGAGACCAUUGGGUGGAAUUGAGGAAGAGCACAAGUUACCAUCUGCUGAGGCCCAGAGCUUUAAUGAUCUUGCACAUGAUGUAAUUCAUUGGAUAAAGGAGAUUAAAGAGUCGCUUAUGGCUUUGAAUUCAUCUGAAGGCAAAAUGCCACUUGAAGAAAGAAUCCAAAAAAUAAAGGAAAUCAUUUUACUCAAGCCGGAAGGGGAUGCCAGAAUACAGGCCAUCGAGAGACUGGCGCAGGGUUGUGAGGCCCCUUCGGGUCAGGUCCAGGAGACGGUGGCCAACAUCCUCGGGCAGUGGGACCACACGCUGCACUUGGCCAGCACGUACCUGAGCCAUCAGGAAAAGCUUCUACAAGAAGGAGAAAAGUACUUGCAAAGUAAAGAGGACCUGAGAUUAAUGCUCAUAGAACUAAGGAAGAAACAGGAAGCCGGUUUUGCCUUGCAACAUGGCCUGCAGGAGAAGAAAGCCCAGUUAAAAAUUUAUAAGAAAUUCCUCCAGAAAGCCCAGGAUUUGACAUCCUUGCUAAAGGAGUUAAAAUCUCAAGGAAAUUACCUGUUGGAAUGCACUAAAAAUCCCAGUUUUAGUGAAGAGCCAUGGCUGGAAAUCAAACAUCUCCAUGAAAGUCUUCUUCAGCAACUACAGGAUUCUGUGCAAACAUUGGAGGGUCAUGUUCAAGAACACCACUCAUACCAAGUUUGCAUCACAGACCUAAAUACUACAUUGGACAGUUUCUCUAAGGAAUUUGUCAAUUUUUCUGAUAUACCUGAGGAUCAAACAGCAGCUGAGGACAAAUUGCAGAAACUGCAGGAUCUGGAGAGUAGACUCGGUUUACAAGAUGACACAUUAAAGAAGAUUUUAGCGUUAGCAGAAUCCAUCAAUCCAAACACAUCUUCAGCGGGACAGAAGAUUAUUAAAGAUGAUAUAAAAUCACUUAAGCAUAAACAAAAAGAUUUGGAAAACAGGAUUGAGUUUGCUAAGCAAGAGACUGAAAAUCAUCUCAACAGCCUUCUCAAAUCAAAAUGUUCAACAGAAAAGCAGGAGAAGUCUGCUCUGCUGAGCGGGGAGGAGCAGGCCACUUCUGAUGUGCUGGAGUCCACUCAGGACUCCAUGGCGGAGGGAAAGUUGGAGGGAGACUGGGAAAUAAACAAGAAUUCAGCUGUGGAAAUGGUUUUGUCAAAACAACUUUCUCUCAACGAUCAAGAAAGCAUGAAAAGCACUAACGAUGAGCAGAAAGUCAAUGAGCUACAAAAUCAACCUUUAGAGUUAGACACUGUGUUAAGAAAUGAACAAUUAAAAGAGAUGGAGGAAUUAUACACCCAGUUGGAAGCAAGGAAAGAAGCCAUGGAAACCCUGGAACAAUCCGAAUGUCUGCACAGCACAGAAACAAGCACUUUGCUUCUCCACAAGACAACGUAUUCCCCUCACCACCUGGACAGUCUGCUUCAGGCGCUUUCUACUUUGAAGAAAAAUAGGGAAAGCCAGUAUUGUCUCCUUCAAGAGUUUCAAGAACACCUCACUGCCCUUGAAUCCUCAAUGAGAGCCUCGUUGGUGGAGAGGGAAAGUCUGAAAGUGGGACCCCUGGACAGUGAAACCUAUCUGGACAAAAUUAAGAAAUUACUGGAAUCAAUAGAAAAGGACAAAAGUUGUUUAAUCAAGGUGAAAAUCCAAUGGGAGACGUUAUCAAGCCAUUUGGCUGACGUGGAUAAGAAGCUGUUGGACAGCCAGAUGAAGCAGCUGGAACACAGCUGGGAACGAGUGGGACGCCUGGUUCAGAAGAAGUACUCUCAGCAUGUAGUAGAGUGGAGUGAAUUCAUCUCCCUCAGGAAUAAGAUCCAUGACACUGAGACUUCUCUGCAGCAGCAGCAGCAGCAGCAGCAGUGGCUGCUCUUAGGGCUCAGCUCUCCAGAGGAACAGGAUGGGAGCCCAAACAUCGUGGCACUGGCUGCUGAGCUGCAGGCCACCAAGCAUGGAUUUGCUGCUGUCAGGAGUCGAGCUGAACUUCAGAUGAAAAGGAUUUGGGGAGAGAAAGAAAAGAAGAUUUUGGAAGAUGCAAUAAAUAAUUUGAAGAAGCAAUUGGAAGCCUUGGAGCCAUUAAACCUAGAGGUGGAAAGUCAGAUUAAGAAGUGUGACAUAAAGAAGAAGAUGAAAGAGACUCUCCUGUGGGUCAGGAAUCUGUUGGGUGAACUCAUGCCCCCCAUUGCCCUUCUCCCCAACGACAUCCUUUCACAGAUCAGAAAAUGCAAGGGGACGCAUGAUGAAGUUCUGGACAAGCAGCAGGCCAUAGAGUCGCUGGCCAAGGAGGUUAGGGCUGUCAUUCCUAGCCUCACUGCAUCAGAGAGAGAUAAUUUAAAUAGCAUCCUAGAGGACUUACAGAACCAGUACCAAAUGCUAGUUUUAAAAUCAACUCAGAGGUCACAGCAAUUAGAGUUUAAGUUGGAAGAAAGAAGCAAAUUUUUUGAAAUGAUGGGGAAAGCUCAGCUGGCACUUCAAGGACAUGAAGCACUGAUAAUUCCCAAGACGGAAGCGGCCCCCACAGAAGCCGAACUAGAACAACGCCAGGCCACUCUGAAGACAUCCCAGAAAGACCUACAGGAAGUUGAGAGUACAAUCUCAGCACAUCUUCGGGAACUAACAAACAUCUCUGAGGAUCUCAGUGUGUUUGAAAGAUUAUUUUUGGAUAAUCAUUUGAAAAAUCUGGAGACUAGAGUGAGCAGGAUUCAGAGAUGCAUUCAGAGUAAAUGUAAUGAAGUAGAACACAAGAUAAGUUCUUACAGAGAAUUCCAUGAGAGAAAAUCCAUGCUUCAGGAGGAGGUUGACAGUGUACAGCACAAUGACCUACUGCUGAAUCCAAAGAUAAAUCAAGAUGUUAAAGAGGAGCUUCAUAAUCUUAAAGACAGACUUGCUGGCAUUCGAUGUAGCAUCUUACAAAUGCUGAAACUUAGAGAAGUGUUUGACCAUAUAGGACUCAAGUGGGAUGACUCACAGCUUGAUCAGUUACAAACCCAAGUGUUUGAAAAAGAAAAAGAACUUGAAGAAAAAAUUAAGCAGUUGGACGUAUUUGUGGCAGAACAUGGCAAGUAUCAAGCAUCACUAAAUCAAAUGAGGACUAUGGAUUUGCAAAUUAAGAAAAAGGCUGAAUUAGUACUGAAGUCUCCUACUCCUUCACAAGAAAGCAGUCUGCUCAGUGCUCAAAUUUUGAUUGAGAAAACUGAGAAAGCCAAGUGCUUAUAUGAUGACAUAAUUAAGAAAUUAAGUGAAAAUAAGGCAUUUGAUGAUUCAUUCAAAGAGAAAGAAAUAGUCCAACUAAAGGUGGCGGCAGAAGAAAAUGAUAAGUUGCACAGGGUUCUCCAAAACAUGGUGCUAGAAUUCCAGCCAACAGAAGUAGAUGAAAAGCAUUUUCAGGACAAACUGGAAAAUUCCUUACUUGUUUUAAAUCAGAUAAAAUCUCAACUAGAGCAACCUUUGCUUAUAAAUUUGGACAUUAAUCAUAUUCAAAAUGAGAAGGACAAUUGUGAAGCAUUUCAAGAAAAGGUUCAUGCUGAAAUGUAUAGUAUUAAAGCUGUGACUGUUACUGAGAAGCAGAAAGAAGAAAACUCUUCUUUUGAAACUAGAGAUGUGGAGACAAAAUUGCAGGACGUUGAAGAUCUUCACAUGCAGCUUAGCAAAAGCAUUGACUUGUGCACAAAUGUCUUGAACAGUGCUUCUGAGAAUCUAACGUGCUACAGAGCAGCAGUCAGUGGGGCCGUGGAAAUCCUCACUUCCCUUGAAGCCAUGUUCUCAUCCCGAGGAGUGGACCUGCAUGAUCCAGAGGAGUCACUAGCCAUGUCUCGUUAUAAGCAAGAGGAAUUGGAAUCCACAAUAGCAGUCAUCGAGGACCUCACUGAGAAGUUGGGAUCUAUAUCCAGCCCUGAGGCCAAAAUGCAACUUCAGCACACUCUCCAGGACCUGGAGUCUAAGAGCUUGACCUUAAGGGAGGCAGCCCAAGUAAAGAAAGCAGAAAUGGCCAGGUGUCUGGAGGAUUACAAAUGCUAUAGAAGCACUAAAGAAGAAAUCUGUGCUCACCUCCAGAAACUGGAGAGCACUCUCAGGCUGUCCAUGUCCUCGCUGCCAGUGUCUUACAAAGAGGCUUUGACACGCGUGGAGCAGAGCAAGGGCCUGGUGUCUGACCUCCUGUCCACCAAGGAAGAGUUGACCAAGCUGCGCCAGGUCUCCCGGCACCUGGGACGCAGAUGCGCUGAAAGCGACAGAGUGUGUGUGAGCAAGACCUUGGUGGCGCUGUGGGAGAGGUGGCUCCACCUGCUGGAAGCCGUCAAAGAGUGGGAGAUGUGGAGUGAAGACCUGAAGCAGGAGUGGAAGUUCAUCAGCGAGGAAAUUGAACGAGAAGCAAUUAUUCUAGAAAAUCUUCAAGAGGAACUCCCAGAAAUUCCUAAAACCAAAGAGGCUGCUGGCACCGAGGAGCUCUCUGAGCUGCUGGACACCAUGUGCCAGUUUGAGGAGAGCGUGGAGCAGCAGCGGCUGUUGCUGGCUCUGCUUCUUCAGCGCAUAUCGGGCAUCUGGGUGGUCCCCGAAGGCGCCCAGGCUGCCGAAAUGGUGCCUGCGCUUCGGGAGAUUGGGUCCAUGCAGGAACGAUGCGACAGGCUUCUUCAGAAAGCUCAAAGCAGUAAGGACCUGAUACAGACUGAAAUCCAGGAAAGACUUUCCUUCACAAAAGAAAUCAUUGCUUUGAAAAAUUCAUUUCAAAAGAGCACAACUUCUUUCCAAAAUAUGGCCCCAGAGGGCCACCCAGAAAGGGCAGAGCAGUUCGAGGAGCUUCAAAGCUUUGUUGAGAAAGGGAAGCUAACUUUUGGAAAUAUUAUGGAAGAACUGCGAAUCAAGUAUUCUGAGAUGUACACCAUAGUCCCCACUGAGGUUGAAUCCCAGGUGGAAGAAUGCAGAAAAAUGUUAGAAGACAUAGAUGAGAAGAUGUGCAGUGAAGCCUUGAAGAACUCCCCAUCCUGUGUGAUGAGCAGGAAAAGAGAGGAAAUUAACAGUGGGCUUCAACAGGUUGAAAAAAUGUUGCAGCAGAAAACCAAAAACAUUGAGAAAGCCCAAGAAAUUCAAAAGAAAAUGUGGGAUGAGCUAGAUCUCUGGCAUUCCAAGCUGAAUGAGCUGGAUUCUGAAGUUCAGGACCUCGUUGAACAGGACCCAGGACAGGCUCAAGAAUGGAUGGACAGCCUGAUGAUCCCUUUCCAGCGGUAUCAGCAAGUGUCCCAAAGAGCAGAAUCCAGAACCUCCCAGUUAAAUAAGGCCACAGUUAAGAUGGAGGAGUACAGUGAUCUUCUGAAGAGCACCAAGGCUUGGAUAGAAAACACCAGUUGCUUGCUGGCCAAUCCCGCUCACUGUGACUCAUCUAAGACCCUGAGUCACCAUGCCAGCACCCUGCAGAUGGCUCUGGAAGAUUCUGAGCAGAAACACAAUCUUUUAUGUUCAAUUUUCACGGAUCUAGAAGAUUUGUCAAUUAUUUUUGAAACUGACGAUUUAAUUCAGUCCAUACAAGAGCUAAGUAGUCAAGUGGUAGCUUUACAACAACAAAUAAUGGAGAGCCUUCCACAUAUCCAGCGAAUAGCUGAUGAUGUGGUUGCUAUUGAAUCCGAAGUAAAAUUAAUGGAGAAAAAAGUUUCAAAAAUCAAAACUAUCCUGUUAUCAAAAGAAAUAUUUGACUUUUCACCUGAAGAGCAUCUUAAGCAUGGGGAGGUCAUACUUGAAAAUAUCCGUCCUAUGAAGAAAACCAUUGCUGAGAUAGUGUCCUACCAAGUGGAACUGAGGCUGCCGCAGCCAGAGGUGAACCCACUGCCUGUGUUUCAGAGGACAAGUCAGCUUUUACAGGAUGUAAAGCUCUUGGAAAAUGUGACUCAGGAGCAAAAUGAGUUAUUAAAGAUGGUCAUAAAACAGACUAGUGAAUGUGAUGAAGAUAUAGAAAAUUUAAAACAGAUCUUAAGUAACUAUUCAGCUGAGUUCUCCCUUGAACACAUGUCACCAGACGAAGCCACCGACCUGCUGGCAAUCCAGGGAGAAAUCGAAGAUAUUGAAAAGCAGAUUCUGAGUUUAAACCAGAAAAAGGAAGAUCUGUUAGUGGGCUUGAAGGCAGCCAUACUAAACCUUCACCAGCAUUUGAAGCAAGAACAUCAGCAAGCAGAAGGAGAUGGGCUGUCUGCCACCGCAACAGAGGGUAGAGCGGCUGAGAGGGAUGCUCUGGAGUGGAAGCGGGACAGAACGGGCGCCAUGUCCUUCCUGCCAGCCGUCCAGGAGGAGGCCGAGGAGAGCUCUGCACAAAGUGAAGAUGGACACAAGAAAGCCAGGCCAUCUUCAGGGACUUGGUCUUCACUCUGGAAGCAUGAUAAGGACUUGGAGGAAGAUCAGCCGUCAUCUUCCUCUUCGACAAUCAUCCAGGAGCCAGGGAUGAAAAUAAGCACCUGUGUCUAUUCCAUGAUGCAGAUUCUUGCACCAGACUCACCAGACACUGAGCAAGGCCCAGAAUUCUCCCUGGGGCUCAGCCAGACAGAAGAGGCCACCACACCCCCGACCAAGGCUGCAGCUCUGGACUCUUCUGACAAGCAAGGAGCUCUUGGGGCCACAGUGGAGAAGACAAGGCCUCGGCCUGCGGAAGUCCUCCAUGUCUGCCAGACUCAGGUGGCCGAGCUGGAGCUGUGGCUACAGCAAGCCAGCGUGGCAUUUGAGCCGGAAACAUUAAAUGCAGCCAUGCAGCAGGUGGUGGAGCAGGAGCUGGUUGGGUGCCAGGCUAUGCUGACAGAGAUUGAGCACAAAGUUGCCUCUUUGUUAGAGACUUGUAAAGAUCAGGGCCUGGGAGAUAGUGGAACUACUCAACAAGAAGCUGAAGUUCUUUCCCUGAAACUCAAGACUGUGAAGUGCAAUUUGGAAAAAGUCCAGAUGAUGCUUCAGGAGAAGUACAGUGAGGACCAGCUUCCUACCAUUCUAAAGAAACCUUCAGAAGAUCUAAAAGUCCUCCAGCCGGUUCACUCUUCGGAAGUGGAGUCUAUUGCAACUGAAAGGCCACAGUUCAGCAGACCAAAAGAUGUCCCACAGCAACAGGUUCUGGAGUUAAAACCAGUGGAACAAAAAGAUUUAAUAAAAUUCAUAGAAUUUAAUGCUAAGAAAACAUGGCCACAGUAUUGCCAACAGGAUAAAGAUACAUCUCAGGAAUCAUCUAUAAGCGUCAAAGCAUCUGACCCCGAAAAUGAAGCCCCAGACUCCGUCCUUUCAUCUGAGGGCCGAAGUGGUGAUAAGUGGCAAUAUCUUCAUCAUGCACUGGCGUCCAGAGUAAAGGUGCCUCUGGCUCAGGUGGUGGAGCCCCAGGUUGCCACAAGUAUGAGUACUCUCCCCAGUGUGCAUGUGUAUAACUUCAGAUACCCUACGAUUGAAGAACUGAAAACUUACACCACCCAACUCGAAGAUCUGUGCCAGGAAGCAAGUGAUCUUCAGACACAGGAAAACGUGACAGAAGAACCAUAUGUCAGUUUGGAGAGGAAGAUGUUUGACCUCUUCCUGAUGCUCAGUCAGUGUCUUGGCAGCGUGGAGGAGCUGCUGCAGACCCCGGGGCUCCUGCGGGAGGAUGUGCCCACCCAGCAGGCACGCUGUGAGGAACUGGCUCUUGAGCUGAAGAAACUUUACUUAGCUCUGGAAGACAAGAAGGAUGAGCUUUUGAAAGCCCUGACUAGGCCUGGCAAGAAUACCAGUUUGCUCCUUGACUGUUUCAAUGGCCUCCAAGACUGGCUGGAACACACGCGGGCAAAGGGUGCCUUGAGAAACAAAUCGCUGGAAGCUGGCCUCGACUAUACCCACAGCUACCAGAAUGAAAUAAAACGAUUAUACGAUCACCUCAUUAAGAGUAAGACAGCCCUCCAACAGUCUUUGAAUGAGAUCAGCGGCCAGAGUAUUGGUGGCCAGCUCCAGAAAGCAGAUGUGUACACAGCGGAGCUGCAAAACUCUGAGAACCGAGUGGCCAAACUAAGAGAUGAAGGAGAGAGGCUUGGUUUGCCUCACGUGGUCCUGCAGGAGGUGCAUAAGUUGGAGGAUGUACUUGACAGCAUGUGGGGGAUCCUCAGAGCUAGGUACUCAGAACUCAGCAGCCCCUUCACCUUGGAGACCCAGUUGGAUGCCUUGCUGCAGGGCCUGGGGGAGCUGGUGAAUAUCGGCAAGGAGAAGCUUGCACAGGGCCACUUACGACAGGCCAAGAGUAAAGUUGCCUUACAGGCCCAGCUACAGAAUCAUAAGUUAUUUUUCCAGAAGCUUGUUACCGACAUGCUGUUGAUCCAAACAUACUCUGCCAAGAUGUUUCCUUCUUUAUUACAAAAGAGAGAGACAUUUUGGGCAGAACAAGUAACAGACAUUAAGUCACUAGAAGACAAGGCUCAGCAGUGUGGUACGAAGCUGCAGAGUUUGCUGCAGAAAUGGGAAGAAUUUGAUGAAAACUAUGCAUCCCUUGAAAAGGACCUGGAGAUUCUUGUCUCUGCAUUUCCUUCUGUGAGUUUGGUGGAAGAAACAGAAGAAAGAGUAGUGGAGAGGAUUUCAUUGUACCAGCAAAUAAAAAGGAACAUUGAAGGAAAGCAUGCCCGGCUGUACCAAACCCUGAGUGAAGGCAGACAGCUGGCGGUGUGUGUGAGCUGUCCAGAGCUGGAGGGCCAGAUUGCCCGGCUAGAGGAGCAAGGGCUGGCACUGAACAAGAAGUCUGACCACGAGCUCCACCGGCUGCAAACGCUGCUCAAGCAUCUGCUCAGUUAUAACAGGGAUUCGGAUGAGUUAACCAAGUGGUUGGAAUCUUCUCAGCAAACUCUGAAUUACUGGAAAGAACAGUCCCUCAAUGUGUCUCAGGACUUGGAUACCAUCAGAAGCAACAUAAAGAAAUUUUUUGAAUUUUCAAAGGAAGUUGAUGAAAAGUCCUCCCUGAAGACUGCAGUUGUGAGUACUGGGAACCAACUUCUUCACCUCAAAGAAGCAGACACCGCGACGCUUCGUGCUUCUUUAGCCCAGUUUGAACAAAAAUGGACACUACUCAUCACACAGCUUCCAGAUAUUCAGGAAAAGCUUCACCAGCUUCAGAUGGAGAAAUUGCCAUCUCGUAACGCAAUCACAGAAAUGAUUAGCUGGAUGAACAGUGUGGAACAUCAAAUGGCAGAUGAAGAAUCUGUGCACUCUCCAAGUUCUGCAUCUCAAGUGAAAGGACUUCUUCAGAAGCUCAAGGAGUUUAGAAUGGAAUUGGACUAUAAACAAUGGAUAGUUGACUUUGUUAACCAGUCACUACUUCAGUUAAGCACCUGUGAUGUAGAAAGCAAGCGCUAUGAAAGGACGGAGUUUGCAGAGCACCUGGGGGAGAUGAACUGCCAAUGGCACCGAGUACACGGAACCCUGAAUCGAAAGAUACAACAUUUAGAACAACUUUUGGAAAGCAUCAUUGAGCAUGAAAACAAGAUAAAAAUUUUGAAUAACUGGUUGGAGGCACAAGAAGAGAGACUGAAAACUUUACAAAAACCUGCCAGCGUGAUCUCCAUUGAAAAGCAGCUCCUGGACUGUCGGGACAUAGAAAAUCAACUCGAAAUUAAAUCCAAAGCCCUGGAGGAGCUGAAACAAAGCUACCCAGCUUUGGAGAGUGGGGCCAUGCCAUUGUUGGAAGAUCCAGCAUCUGGAGUCGAUGGGUUGUUCCAAAAGAGGAGCAGUGUGAUGGAUCAGGUCGGCCAGCUCAGAGCCUCCAUGCAGUUGGUGCUGGUGGACUGGAAGACCUACGACCAGCUCUACGAGGAGGUGAAUAUGAUGGUGAUCCGCUUCAGGUACGGCAUGGAACACAGCAAGCCAGGGGCUCUGUCGCUGGAGGCCUUGGAGCGCCAGGUGCAGAACCUGCAGUGUCUUCAAGAUGAAGCUGAGAGCAGUGAGGGGAGUUGGGAGAAACUGCAGGAGGUCAUCAGCAGACUCAAAGAGUCCUGCCCCUCAGUUGCUGAAAUAAUCGAAGAGAAAUGCCAGGACACUCAUGCAAGGUGGUCCCAGGUGAACCGAGACCUUGCAGACCAGCUGCAGAAGGCCCAGAGCCUGCUCCAGCUCUGGAAGGCCUAUCACAGCGCCCACACAGAAGUCGCAGCCAGGCUGGAGCAGCAGGAAGCCAAGUUUCAACAGCUUGCAAAAAUCAACACGUCCAGAAACAACCUGGCAGAGAUCUUGCCGCUGGCCCUACAGGACAUACAGGAGCUGCAGCAGGAUGUGCAAAAGACCAAAGAAGCCUUGCUCCAAAAUUCCACCCUGCUGGAUCGGCUCCCACAACCUGCAGAGUCCACUGCCCCUUUGCUCUUUUCUGGGCAGCUGCAUGCCCUCCAGAGAGCUGCUUAUUUGGAAAAGAUGCUGCUUAUGAAAGCAAAUGAAUUUAAGCUUAUUCUUUCACAGUUUAAGGAGUUUGGAGAGCAGCUGGAAUCUUUACAGGAUCUUAUUAUACACGAGGAAGAAAAUUUGGAUAAAAUUUACCAGCUAGAAAAAGAAGAAAAUCCUGACUCAUUCCUGAAUCACGUGCUGGCACUGGCAGCCCUGUCACCGGACAUUGAACGUCUGAAUGAAGUCAGCCUCAGGCUCCCCCUCAGUGACGUGGCCAUGAAGACCUUACAGGACAUGAACCGGCAGUGGACACGGGCCAUGGCCAAGGCGCUGGACCGCUGCAGUGAGCUUCAGGGAAUCGGACUCAAUGAGCAAUUUCUUCGUUAUUGUGAAAAGUGGGUCCACCUCUUGGAGAGGCUAGAAGAGGCGCUUGGAGUGAAGAUUGCCGACAGCCUUCUGGCUCUCCGGGAGCAGCAGAAAACGUAUGAGAUGUUAGAAGCUGAAGUUUCUAUAAACCAGACGAUUGCUGACUCUUAUGUCACUCAGUCCUUACAACUCCUGGACACAGCUGAAAUAGAGAGGAGACCAGAAUUCAUCUCAGAAUUCCCCAGGCUAGUGGACCGGUGGCAGAGUGCUGCCCGGGGCAUUCAGCAGAGGAGACAUGAGGUUGCUGAGCUGGUGCGGCAGCACCAGUCCUCCACCUCGGCAGAGGACCUGCUCCGCUUCCUCGCUGACACCGACCUCCUCCUGUCUGCGGUGAAGGGCCAGGCUCACUGCAGCCUCCACCAGAUCAGGAGUCUGAUCCACGCGCUGAAGAAUAAAGAAAUCCAUUUUCAGAGACGGCAAACCACCUAUGCACUGGCCUUGGAAGCAGGGGAGAAGUUACUGAACAUAGCUGGCCUGGAAACUCAAGAGUCUGCUGACCAGAGAAUCAGUCAGCUUCAGGACAAGUGGGAGGGAACAAAGCUCCAGUUAGGAGAGAUGAUUAAACAGCUCCAGAGCACUGUGGAGACCUGGAACCAGUGUGAAAAGAAAAUCAAGGAGUUGAAAAGCAGGCUGCAAGUUCUAAAAGCACAAAGUAAAAAUCCUCUUCCAGGGCUUCACGAGGACCUCCAUAAAGAAAAAGAGCUGAUUAAGGAACUGGAGAAGUCUUUGGCUAACUGGACUCAGAACUUGAAAGAACUACACACCAUGAAAGCCGACCUGACCGCGCACAUUCUGGCCGAGGACGCACUGGCCCUGCAGGAGCAGACUGAGCACUUGCACAGACAAUGGGAGGACCUCUGCCUCAGAGUGGCUGCCCGAAAACAGGAGAUCGAGGACAGACUCAACUCAUGGGCCGUGUUCAAUGAAAAACAUAAAGAGCUGUGUGCGUGGCUGGUCCAGAUGGAAAACAAAGUUCUGCAGACAGCGGAUAUUAGCAUUGAAGAAAUGAUUGAGAAGUUACAGAAGGACUGCAUGGAAGAAAUAAACUUGUUCAGUGAAAACAAGUUACAGUUAAAGCAAAUGGGUGACCAGUUAAUCAAGGCCAGCAGCACGGCAAGAGCCACUGAGAUUGAUGACAAGCUCCACAAAAUCAAUGAUCGUUGGCAACAUCUUUUUGAUGUCAUUGGAUCAAGGGUGAAGAAGCUGAAGGAGACCUUCGCUUUCAUCCAGCAGUUAGACAGAAACAUGAGCAAUCUUCGCACCUGGUUGGCGCGAAUCGAGUCGGAGCUGUCUAAGCCGGUUGUUUAUGAUGUCUGUGAUGAUCAGGAGAUCCAGAAGAGGCUCGCUGAGCAGCAGGAUCUGCAGCGAGACAUCGAACAGCACAGUGCAGGGGUGGAGUCUGUGUUCAACAUCUGUGAUGUCCUGCUGCAUGACUCUGAUGCCUGUGCCAACGAGACUGAGUGUGACUCGAUCCAGCAGACCACCAGAAGCCUGGACAGACGCUGGAGAAACAUUUGUGCCAUGUCAAUGGAGCGGCGCAUGAAGAUUGAGGAGACGUGGCGCCUGUGGCAGAAGUUUUUAGAUGAUUAUUCCCGAUUUGAGGACUGGCUCAAGUCUGCCGAGAGGACAGCAGCCUGCCCUAACUCCUCGGAGGUGCUGUACACGAGUGCCAAGGAGGAGCUGAAGAGAUUUGAGGCCUUCCAGCGGCAGAUCCAUGAGCGGCUCACCCAGCUAGAGCUCAUCAACAAGCAGUACCGGAGGCUGGCGCGAGAGAACCGCACCGAUACAGCCAGCAAGCUGAAGCAGAUGGUCCAUGAGGGCAACCAGCGCUGGGACAACCUCCAGAGGCGGGUCACGGCUGUCCUGCGGAGACUCAGGCAUUUCACCAACCAGAGGGAAGAAUUCGAGGGCACCAGAGAGAGCAUUCUAGUGUGGCUCACGGAGAUGGACCUGCAGCUCACCAACGUGGAGCACUUCUCAGAGAGCGACGCCGACGACAAGAUGCGCCAACUGAACGGCUUCCAGCAGGAAAUCACAUUAAAUACCAACAAGAUUGACCAGCUCAUCGUGUUUGGGGAGCAGCUGAUUCAGAAGAGCGAGCCCCUGGAUGCAGCGCUGAUUGAAGAUGAGUUGGAGGAGCUGCACCGCUACUGCCAGGAGGUGUUCGGCAGGGUCUCCCGCUUCCACCAGCGCCUCACGUCCCUCGCACCGGGCUUGGAAGAGGAAAAGGAGGUGUCUGAGAAUGAAGCGGACAUGGAAGACCCCAGAGAGAUCCAGACUGAUGCUUGGCGUAAAGAGGGAGAGAGCGAGGAGCCCACGUCUCCCCAGUCCCUUUGUCAUCUGGUGCCCCCAACUCUGGGGCAUGAGCGGUCUGGCUGCGAGACCCCCGUCAGUGUGGACUCCAUCCCACUGGAGUGGGAUCACACAGGUGACGUGGGGGGCUCAUCCUCUCACGAAGACGAGGAGGGCCCAUACUACAGUGCAGUGUCAGAUGUAGAAAUCCCUGAAAAUCCUGAGGCAUAUCUUAAAAUGACCACAAAAACUUUGCAAGCAUCUUCUGGUAAAUCCAUUUCUGAUAGCCACUCGUGGCAUGUUCCUGAUAGCCCUUCCUGUGCCAAGCAUCACUACAAACAAAUGGAAGAGGACAGGAGCGAACCACCCAUCCCCUCUGAUGCCAGCACCCCAUAUAAAGCGCCCUAUGUAAAGCUGCUAUUACAUCCAGGCACUGAUGGUGGCAAAGAUGGCCUAAGCACCUUGAAUGGCAGCCUGCAGCAGGAGGAGGAGCAGCUGGCCAGCUUGACAGGACAGCACUCAGGUGCCUUUGACAGAUGGGAACUGAUACAAGCCCAAGAGCUUCACAGUAAGCUCAGAAUAAAACAAAAUGUGCAGCAGCUGAACUUGAUCAUCAGUGAAAUCACUGCUUGGCUAGAAAAAACUGAAGAAGAGCUGGAAACUUUAAAGAUGGCAAAGCCUCCCUCUGAUAUCCAGGAACUGGAGCCCAGAGUGAAGAGACUGCGGGAGAUAUUAAAAGCUUUUGACACCUACAAGACUUUAAUGGUCUCUGUCAACGUGAGUGGCAAGGAAUCUCUGCCACCUGAGAGCGCCGAAUCCACAGAGCUCCAGCGUAGACUCUGCGAGCUGAGCCUGCACUGGGAGGCGGUCCAGGGUGUGAUGGACAGCUGGAGAGGGGACUUGCAGCAGUCACUCAUGCAGUGCCAGGACUUCCACCAGUGGAGUCAGAACCUGCUGCUGUGGCUUGCAAGUGCUGAGGACCGGAGGCAGAAGGCUCUUGUCACCGACCCAAAGGCUGACCACCAGGUUCUCCUGCGCUGCCAGAAAAAACUCAUGCACCUAGAAAAGGAACUAGCAGAAUGUCAACCUCAAGUAAAUUCCUUACAUGAGAUUUCCACCAGCCUUCUCACUAAGGGGAACAGAGAAGACUACAUUGAGGCUGAAGAGAAAGUCCAUGUUAUCAAGAAGAAACUCCAGCAGUUACGUGAGCAAGUAGCCCAAGAUUUGAUGUCCUUGCAGAGAAGCCAGAAUUCAGACCCAGCUCUGCCUGACUUUGAUGAAGUGGACGCGUCUCCUGUAGCAUUCGUGUCAGCUCCCCAAGCCAAGGAGUUCAGAGCAGAGGGGACGAUGGAGGAUGAGGACGAAAGUGACAGCAGGGUGUCCAGCCCCGCUGACCCCAGCAGCUCAGAGCCACGGCGCUCCUUCCUCUCUCGGGUGAUCAGGGCUGCGCUGCCCCUGCAGCUGCUCCUGUUGCUGCUGCUGCUUCUGGCCUGCCUGCUGCCCGCCUCCGAAGAGGAUUACAGUUGCACCCAGGCCAACAACUUCGCCCGCUCCUUCUACCCCAUGCUGAGCUACACCAACGGGCCGCCCCCCACAUAGUGGGCUUGGCAGCACCGCACCACCAGCCUGUCUGCCACAGGCGCCCAGCUCGAUCUGUCAGUGACUCACGUUGCCAGGCCGGGGACCUGGUGCAGACACCUCCCUCUGGGAUUGCCUGGGGCAGGGAGCAGCAGCAGCUGCCCUGCGCAUUCUGGCACAGCUAGCUGACUCGUUGAGGAGACUCUGGGAAGGGCAGUUUCCUGAAGAGCCAUGCACUUUGUGAAUCUUGACUUAUUUGUAAAACAGCAUUAUUUUAACAUAUUUAAUAUGACCCAUGAGCAGUGGCGUUCGUCCCAUUAUAUAAAGACACAGAUUCAGCCUUAGAAAUGGUUCAGAAACUCAUACACCCUGAGCUCUGAUGGGUCAGAACAAUCAUUUUAAAUGCUUAGCAUCAGUUUUCCUCCACAAUCAGCUAGCAAGUUUGAGCUACUGGUUACAAGCCAAAAUGUUCUGUUCGGUACCCAGGCUUGCUCUUUUAUAUUGCUCUAAAUUUUUUAAGAAAUUUUACUGCAUGGUCAUGGUUACUUGUGUAUAUUUUUUAACAAUGCUGAAUCUGUAUAAAGUAAACUUUGAUUUUUUUUUUUAAAAAUCUGAUUUUAGCUCAAGCUUUUGACUAAUGACUUAAUAGUGAUGUUUUUGUAAGUUAAUUUUAUAAGACUUCACAUUUAAAGAGACGUUUCAGGUUUGGUUGAACUGUUUGGCUAUGGGGGGGCAGGGUUGGUACAAAAACUUGAAGCUAUUUGUGGUAUGUACAACUCAGAU